UAAUUGCGUAUGAAUUUUCUGUCACAGAAAUCUCCUAAAUCGCCUAUUAAGAAGAAAACUGUCAAGAGUACCGCCGGUGCUAAGAGAAAAGCUUCUGCUGAACCUUCUGAACUUGAAGAAGUAUUGGUCGAGACAACGAUUAAGUCAGCUAAGACUAGAUCAGCUUCUGCUGCUUCAAAGAAGAAACCUUCCACUGCAACUCAUGAACCUGAAAAGGUUUUGAAUAAUGCUUCGAAAGAGAUGUGGUCUCUUCGUUGGAAACUUGAAGAGAUUCCUACGAUAAGGGUUGAUCAUUGCAUGAAACAUAAAGUUGUUGAUAAAUUGAAGAGCCACUUGACUGAUUCGCAGCUGGAAAUGUUUCGAGCGACUUGUUUUGGUUUCGUGCUGGAUAUGCCUUCGUGUAAUUUUCAAGGUCAGGUUGUACAUUCUCUGUUGGCAAGGCAGUUUGAUAAUGCUGGAGAAAAUGAGAUGUGGUUUGCUGUUGGCCAAUUAAAAGUUCGAUUCAGCAUUGAGGAGUUUGCUAUAUUAACCAGACUAAACUGUACGGGUGAAAUUCAGAAGGUCGGAUUUGAAGAUGGUGCCAAUCAUUUCGCUGAAAAGUAUUUUGGUGGUUUGUCGAAGUUGAAUAGGCAGUCUGUGGCUGAGUGUUUUGUGUGCAAGCGGUGGCAGUCCGAUGAAGACGCUGUUAAAAUUGCGUUUUUGUAUGUAUUGGAACUUUAUUUCCUGUGUGCACUUGACUCAAAUCUCAUUGAAGCUCAUCACUUGGAUGUUAUAGCUUCGGAAGACUACAACUCUUACCCGCGGGGUAAAGAAAUUUUCUAUUACACGCUGAAGUCUUUUAAAAGUAAGGAUCUUACGAAGAAGUUCAAGAAUGAAGGUGCCUGUAGAUUGCUCGGUUUUCCAAUUAUUCUACAGUUUUUGUUCUAUGAGUGUUUUCCUACUGUUGAUGGCAAGAUAUGCACUCUUGUCGGUAAUAAAGUGUUGAGAUGCUUGAAUUGAAGUUCAAGUAUUACCCCUAUAGUGGAUGAUCUGCAAAGUAAUUUUU